AUGACUUCGUUUGUUUCCGCUGCGGACAGGCGACAGGCCGAUCAUUAUGCUAAUGAAUGUCAGAACCCGCCUCUUUCCCAGGAUCAGAAGUCUCAGCUUCGUCGUGCCUUCGCUAAUUGCCGAAGCCGAGCUGGAGAAAUCGAAAUUCGAGACCCUCCCCUCUCUCAGCAGCUUCGACCUGCGGCCCCGGCGGCUACCCCCACCGUCGAGUAG